AGGGAAGUACCUAAACCUUAUGUGCCGACAGAGGAGGAAAGAAGACUCCUCAAGGAGUGUGCUGAAGAGAGUGCCCGGUAUAGAGCUUUUCCUUUGGCUGCCGUGAGCAUGCUUGCUACUAGUUUCUUAAUUAGGAAAGGUGUUAUAAGAGACAGCUCAAGAUUUGGCUCUUUUAUGAAAGUUGCAUUUGCUGGAACGUGUGGAUACCUGGCUGGAAAGAUAUCCUACUUGCCAAUCUGUAGCGAGAAAUUUAAGAAACUGAAGGAUUCCCCAAUAGGAGAUGUUCUACGACAAGCUCAGAGACAUAGUUCACAUAACCGUUCCAGUCGGAAAUCUGAAUUUUCAGAGAUGCCUUCUCAGUCAUUUACUGAAUCUUCUCCAAGAGCUGGAUUUCCACUUCCGUCUAGCUAUUCAGAUGAUUAUAGUUCAACAGAUAGAGCCCUCUCAAGUUAUGAACCCGUUCCAUUCAGUGCUUCCCUGAAUGAGUCUUCGCCUACAGGAAUUACUGAUUACACUGUUCAAGAUCCUGCUCCAAUCCCAGAAGAAAGCCGUAAAAAAAAGGGCAUCACAUAUGAGGAAUUAAGGAAUAAACACAGAGAGACAUACGAGGUAAUGCUACCACCAAAGGCAGAAACUCCAAGCAAGUUUUCACAGGAAAAAACAGCUAAGGAAGUUAAAGUAAAUAAAUAUGGAGAUACCUGGGAUGAGUGAGAGAUGAAUGAAGAACCGAAGAAAAUUAUCUCCUGUCAGCUAACUUGAACUUCAUCUAGAUUAGUCAUGAGUAUCGGCACCUUUGGUGUGUUCUGCCAGGCACCGCUAUUAAUAAAUGGAGGGAAAAUCCUGACUUGCCAGAAGAUUAAAAACAAAGUAUUUAGGCUUAAUUUUUUUUAAUUUUUCAUAAAUGGCAGGCGAAGCUAUUGUGAGGUGUCAUGACUGUAAACCAUUUGUGCUAUUGUUUAAGAAUGAAAAAGGUAACUGGCAAUAACUGAAAUAAAUGUAUAGCAAAAGGUGAAAAUAUGUCUAAAUAAAUGCAAUCACAUGUAUUGGGAAGGGAAAAAUACCAGAAUCUUCUCAAAUUUUCAGGACUCGCAUUAAAAGUUACCUGUGGAACU